CUAGCAGCGGGGGAGAGAGGGUCGCGAUUGAGAGCUAAUCCCAUUCAUAGAAGCAAUGGCGAGCUUUACUCGACCCGUAUCUUCCACAAUCAGUGGAGUGGAUUUCGAAGUCCUUUCCGAUAACGAAAUCAAAUCGGUAUCAGUGAAGCGCAUACACAAUACGCCCACUCUCGAUUCGUUCAAUAACCCCGUCCCUGGAGGUCUAUAUGACCCGGCUCUUGGUGCAUGGGGUGAUCAUAUAUGCACAACAUGUCGAUUGAAUGCAUGGUCUUGCGCUGGCCACUCAGGCCACAUUGAGCUGCCGGUUCACGUUUAUAAUGUUACAUUUUUUGAUCAGCUCUUUCGGCUCUUAAAAGCUCAGUGCAUUUACUGCCACCGAUUCCGAAUGUCGAAGAUCCAGAUAAAUACAUACGUUUGCAAAUUGCGGCUUUUGCAGUAUGGUUUGGUGGAAGAGGCUUCGACGAUUGGGACAAUGGAGCUCCGAAAGGGCAAACAUAAUAAAGGGGAUGGCGAGUCUGACAGCAGUGAGGACGAGGACGAAGAAGAUCUUAUUGAUCGCCGGAAUGCCUAUGUCCAAAAAUGCAUCUCCGGUCUUGCGUCUUAUAAGACGAGACAGAACUAUAUGAAAAUGGCAAAAAAUCCGGCAGCGGCAGAAAUGAGGAGAAAUUUAGUGCGCGACUUCCUAAAAGAUGUUGCAAAUGUCAAAAAAUGCGCUUCUUGUAGUGGCAUUUCUCCUCCAUAUCGAAGAGAUAGGUACUCAAAAAUCUUCCGUAAAUCUUUGCCGCAAAAAGCCAAAGCUGCCAUGGUUGCCGCUGGCUUUCAGAUUCCGAACCCCCUCGUUUUGAUGGAGGAGGCCAACCGUCUCUCCAAAAAGCACAAAACGAUACAAAACGAGGACAGUGUCAAUGGAAUUAUUGAUGAUGGCAAUAUCAGUGUUAUCACUGAGACACAUGGCGCUGAGCAACAAGUGUCAAUGGGAAAUGCAGUUUUAGCAGCAGUCGAGGACACGGAAUCGUCGGAAGCCGGUGGUCAACUAGACGAUUCUCAGCAGUACAUACCAUCAUCGGAAGUCUAUGCAUCUGUGCGAUUUUUAUUUGAGAAAGAGCAGGAGAUAUUGGAUUUGGUCUAUGAUUCAAGGCCCGGCUCAGGGCGGCGGUCUCAUGUGAACGCCGAUAUGUUUUUUAUCAAAAACCUACUCGUGCCCCCCAACAAGUACCGCCCGGCCGCACAGCAAGGUCCUGGUCAAAUUAUGGAAGCCCAGCAAAAUACUUCCUUCACUCGAAUUUUAAAACUAUGCGAUCAAAUCAACCAAAUCAGCCGAGAGAGGCAGGGUGACAAUGGUGAAUCGAUAUCACGGAUUCGAAGUUAUCGUGAUCUCCUCCACGCAAUUGUACAGUUGCAAGAUGCUGUCAAUAGUUUAAUUGACCGUGACAGAAAUCCUGCGCAAGGAGCAGCAGGUAUUCAGAAUGAGGACGGUAUCAAGCAAAGGCUAGAAAAGAAGGACGGCCUGUUCAGAAAGAACAUGAUGGGAAAACGUGUCAACUUUGCAGCCCGAAGCGUCAUAUCCCCCGAUCCAAAUAUCGAAACGAACGAAAUUGGAAUUCCUCUUGUCUUUGCCAAAAAGCUUACCUAUCCAGAGCCGGUGACGAAUCACAAUUACUGGGAGCUCAAGCAAGCGGUGAUCAAUGGUCCAGAUAUCUAUCCUGGUGCUGCAGCUGUCGAAAAUGAACUCGGACAGGUUGUCAAUUUGAAAUUCAAGUCUGUCGAUGAACGUAUUGCAAUUGCAAAUAUGCUUCUAUCUCCAUCAAAUUGGAAAUUGAAACGAUCGAGGAAUAAGAAAGUCUAUCGACACCUAACAACUGGAGAUGUAGUGCUGAUGAACCGACAGCCAACACUGCAUAAACCAUCCAUAAUGGGACAUCGUGCUAGAGUAUUAACUGGAGAAAGGACAAUUCGAAUGCACUACGCCAAUUGCAACACAUAUAAUGCAGACUUUGACGGUGACGAAAUGAACUUGCAUUUCCCUCAAAAUGAGAUUGCACGAGCUGAGGCCAUGCAACUGGCUGAUACAGACCAUCAAUAUCUUGUCGCAACUUCCGGAAAGCCUCUCCGUGGCCUAAUCCAAGAUCAUAUUUCCAUGGGAACUUGGUUCACAUCUCGGGACAGUCUUUUUGACGAGGAAGAUUACCACCAGCUUCUUUAUAGCUGUCUGCGGCCAGAGAACUCGCACACAGUUAGCGAGAAGAUUGAACUUAUGCCACCUACCAUUCUUAAGCCUAAACCAAGAUGGACCGGGAAGCAGAUUAUCUCUACCAUUUUAAAAAAUAUUACUCCCGAAAAUCGAGCUGGUUUGAAUCUAAUAGGCAAGUCCUCCACGCCAGGAGACAGAUGGGAGAUAGGCUCUGAAGAAGGCAAAGUUAUCGUCAAAGACGGAGAGCUACUGUGUGGUAUAUUGGACAAGGCCCAGCUUGGGCCUAGCGCCGGUGGUCUUAUCCACUCGGUUCAUGAGGUUUUUGGGCAUGUUGUUGCCGGGAAGCUCAUCGGUAUUCUGGGACGACUGCUUACUAGGUUCUUGCAAAUGCGCGCCUUUACUUGUGGCAUGGAUGAUCUUCGGCUGACCAAGAAGGGCGAUGAAGAGCGUAAAAAGCAACUGAAGAGGGGUGACAAUCUUGGCCACGAGGUUGCCCUCCAGUAUGUUACCCUCGACGAGAGCCCCGUUGAGGAUAAAGAGACCGAGUUGCAAAGGCGACUGGAAGAUGUACUUCGGGACGAUGAAAAGCAAGCUGGCUUGGAUAGCAUGUUCAACUCCAGAACAGCUGGACUUUCAUCCGAUAUCACGGCUGCUUGCUUGCCUUCUGGCCUUGAAAAGCCUUUCCCAUGGAAUCAAAUGCAAGCCAUGACGGUGUCUGGUGCUAAAGGUUCAGUGGUUAAUGCAAACUUGAUUUCCUGCAAUUUGGGUCAACAGGUGCUGGAAGGCCGUAGAGUGCCAGUUAUGAUUAGUGGGAAGACCUUGCCAUCCUUCAAACCGUUUGAAACCAAGCUUGUGGCCGGUGGUUAUGUCUCUGGUCGUUUCCUUACUGGAAUCAAGCCUCAAGAGUAUUAUUUCCACGCCAUGGCCGGACGAGAAGGACUUAUCGACACUGCGGUUAAGACCUCUAGAUCCGGGUACCUCCAGCGCUGUUUGAUCAAGGGAAUGGAAGGUUUGAAAGCAGAGUACGAUAACUCAGUGCGGGAUACUACGGACGGAACUCUUGUGCAAUUCCUUUACGGAGAAGACGGUUUGGAUAUCACGAAGCAAAAGCAUCUUCAAGAUUUCAGUUUCUUAGCUCAGAACUAUUUGUCCAUCCUUUCACAAGUUAAUGGCAUGGACGAGUUCAACAAAGUCCAUAGCGAAGUUGCUGCCAAGUGGAACAAGAGCGCCAUCAAAAAGGUUAAAAGGACUGGGCAAGUGGAUGCUAAGGACCCAGUCCUGGCUCAUUAUCAUCCAGGAGCUAAUUUCGGAAGCACAUCUGAAUCUUUUGCUACUGCCCUUAAAGAGUACGAGAAGAAGAAUCCCGACAAGCUUUUAAAAGACAAGGGCCAAGGAAUCGAUGGCAUCUCUAAAAAGGACUUUGAACAUAUCAUGAACAUGAAAUAUAUGCGUUCGGUGGUGGAUCCUGGUGAAGCCGUUGGAAUUGUUGCCGGGCAGUCUAUUGGAGAGCCAUCUACUCAAAUGACGCUGAAUACUUUCCAUUUGGCUGGUCACUCCGCGAAAAACGUCACGCUUGGUAUUCCUCGACUUAGGGAAAUUGUCAUGACGGCUAGUACUCAGAUCCUAACCCCGACUAUGUCUGCCAAUUUUUAUGAGCAAGUUUCCACCAAAGAUCGGGAGCUAUUUGCCAAAGGCAUUAGCAGACUUACUCUUGCCGAGGUUGUUGAUAAACUCUCGGUCCAUGAGCGGAUAUCCAACCGGGGUAACGUGAAAGCGAAAGUUUAUGAUAUCCAUAUUAACUUCUUCCCUGCUGAAGAGUAUACCCAAGAGUACGCUAUCAAAGUUCAAGAUGUGCUUGAAACAUUGGAAAAACGAUUCGUUCCGAAACUUGUCAAGCUAACAAGGGCGGAACUCAAGAAACGAACAAGCGAGAAGUCCCUCUCUGAUUUCUCUGCUGCUCAGCCAGAAAUUGGAGCUUCUGUCGGAGUCGUCGAAGAAGGCCCACGAAAUACUGAAGGAAGAGAGGCCGCCAAUGACGAUGAUGAAGAUGAAGAUCAAGACGAUGCGAAGAGAGCAAGAUCGUCGCAAAACAGGUCGAACCAAGUUUCAUAUGAAGCCCCUGAUGAAGAUGACCAAGACAUCAUUCGGCGCCAAGAUAGCUCAGAGCUAGACUCCGAAGAUGAAGAUGAGAGCAGCGAAAACAAGGAGAAGAGACCGGCAUCAGGUGAUGAAGACGUCGAGAUGAAAGACGCUUCUGAUGUGGAAGAUGAGGACAAGGAACGCGAGGAAUCGAUCCGAGACAAACAUGCUGAAGUCACUCGAUUCAAAUUCGAUCCCAAGAAAGGCACGUCGUGCAUUAUCCAACUUCAGUAUGACGUCUCAACGCCCAAGCUCCUUCUGCUGCCUCUUGUAGAGAACGCCACUCGCGCAGCCGUUAUCCAAUUCAUCCCCGGCCUUGGCAGCUGCACAUACGUGCCCGAAGAAAGAGAUACACCGGCCCACAUACUUACUGACGGUGUCAAUCUCCUCGCUAUGCGCGAUUAUCAGCACAUUAUCAACAUGCACACCCUGUACAGCAAUUCCAUUCACCACAUGCUUACACUCUAUGGUGUUGAGGCAGCGCGUGCAAGCAUUGUUCGCGAAAUGGACUCCGUUUUCAAGAGCCACAGCAUUGCCGUGGAUAACCGCCAUCUGAACCUCAUUGGCGACGUGAUGACUCAGAGUGGAGGAUUCCGCCCAUUCAACCGUAUGGGCAUUGUGAAAGACAGUACAUCACCGUUUAUGAAGAUGAGUUUCGAAACUACUGUACGAUUCUUAAGGGAUGCAGUCCUAGAGCGUGACUGGGACAAUCUUGCUGCACCUAGUAGCAGGAUUGUCAUGGGAAGAGUGAGCACUGUUGGUACUGGGUCUUUUGACGUUCUUGCGCCAGUUGGAUAA